UUCACUUCGCCCCCCCCCCCCACCUCUUUCUCUCUCUCUUCGCAAUAAUCCCCUCAUAUUUCCCCUCGGCUUAUUAUUAUUAUUUUUAUUAUCGCCCAAUUCCUUUUCAAAUCGAUCACAGGAGCGAAACUCCUCCCCCGCUUUAAACCCCCAACAUCGCGUCCGAUCCAAAUGGCUUUCCACAUCGCUUGCCCCAUCACUUGCCGGCGGAUUUGCGAUUGCGAGCUCGGAUUCCCCGCGGCGCUGCGCGGCGAGGCGGCGAGGAGCGGGUUCUUGGAUGAGAUCGACGCGCUCGAGGAGUUCUUGAGGGACCCAUGGACCGUCCGGCCCGCGGACGAGGAGGUGGAGGAGACCGUUCAGGUCUGGGUCCCACGCGUGGCGCAGGUCGCGGCCCCGCCCUCGGCGGCCGUGGACGAUGGGGGUGGCGGCGGCGGCGGCGGCGGCGGCGCGGGGGAUGAGGUGAAACGGGCGCUGCUGCAGCGGCAGGCGCUGGCUGCUUCCCUGGCGGCUGAGGAUUACGUCCGGAGGUUGGAAGCUGGGAAUGGUUCGGAGGUACUAGGAGAGGCAACCAGCAAUCUUGCUGGAGAAGAUCAAGGCAUUCCUACCAUCAAAGUUAUGUGCCGUAUAUGUUUUACUGGGGAAAGUGAGGGUAGUGAGAAGGCUAUGAAGAUGCUAUCAUGCAAAUCAUGCAACAAGAAGUACCAUAAGAGUUGCUUGAAAACAUUGGCUGAACAUAGAGAUCUAUUUCAUUGGAGUUCGUGGUCUUGCCCCUCUUGCCGCAUAUGUGAGGUUUGCCGAAGAACCGGUGAUCCCAAUAAGCUGAUGUAUUGUAAAAGGUGUGAUGGUGCAUAUCAUUGCUAUUGUCAGCAGCCACCACACAAGAAUGUGAGCCGUGGACCUUACUUGUGUCCGAAGCAUACAAGAUGUCAUAGCUGUGGGUCAACUGUCCCUGGAAGUGGUCUUAGCACAAGGUGGUUUUUAGGCUAUACCUGUUGUGAUGCUUGUGGCAGAUUGUUUGUGAAAGGAAACUACUGUCCAGUCUGCUUGAAGGUCUAUAGAGAUUCUGAAAUAACACCCAUGGUUUGCUGUGAUGCUUGCGAAAGAUGGGUCCACUGUCUGUGUGAUGGGAUCAGUGAUGAAAAAUAUCAGCAGUUCCAAGCUGAUCAAAACCUACAAUACGUAUGUGCUGCAUGCCGUGGUGAUUGUUAUCAGGUUAAGGAUAUACAUGAUGCAGUUCGAGAACUUUGGAAGAGAAAAGAUAUUGUUGACGGCGAUCUGAUUGCAAGUUUGAGGGUUGCUGCAGGGUUGCCAUCUCAGGAAGAAACAUAUUCAAUAUCUCCCUAUUCUGGUGAUGAACAAAGUGGUCCAAUCAUACUUAAAAAUGAUACUAGCAAGCCCCUAAAAUUCUCACUCAAAGGGAUCAGUGAUAAAUCAUCAAAGGAUUAUGGCAAUAUCUCCUUAAACAAGAAGCAAGCAAAGAAGAAAGGGUAUCGGAUUAAGUUGGUUGGUAAAAAGGAAGAGACAUAUUCUAAUAUGGAAAGACAGAAUGAGGCAAGAUCAUUAGAGAGUUCUUAUAGGGAUCAGAGAAUUGAUGAGAUGACCUCUUCUAGACCUGAUGGACCAGAUGUGCUUUCUUCAUCUACAGCUAGAAGUCCUAAUGCUAAUGGCAUGAAAGCCAAUCAGCUUGGUAAUUGUGAACAAAAUAUGGUCAAAGAUGUAGCAAGGGAUAAUGCUGAUACAGUACCUAAAGUCAAAAUAAAGAGCAGUAAAUUACAGGGUUUGCAUUUUAAAGAAUGUGCAGGUAAAAGUCCAAACAAGAAUGAUACUGCAAGAAGUACCAAACUAGUUAUACAUAUCGGUUCAACAAACAAAAAUGCUUCUAGCUCUCCAAGAUCUGAGACUUCUAGCUGUCAUAAGGAUCAAGAGUUAGCUGCUUCCUUUGGAGCUAAAAUGGAUAAUUCAAAUACAAAGAGAAGUCCAGAGCAUGGAGUUAAAGGAAAAACUAUAAUAAAGAUUGGAAAAUUUCAUGAGAAGCACCAGAAAAGCAAUGGUAAUGUGACUGAUGCACGUGAACUUAAUACUACAGAUAUAUCUGUAAUGAGGAGGAGUGAGAUAACUGCUGCAGCAGAAAAUGCAUCCACAGAAAGAAGUGAUAAGGUUCUCCAGAAAAAGCAGACUGCUGAUAUAUCUGUUAGGUCUCAUAGAGAUAGCAAUGAGAUGUUACCCUCAAAUUUUACCUCCAGUUCUUCAAAAGACCCGAAGACUUUGCUCAAGCUGAAAUUUAAGAAUCCAUAUUUUGAGCAGAAAAGUUCAUGGGCCCCUAAUGGCGAGGAAGAAAACUCUGUUAAGGGGCAGAGAUCAAAGAGAAAGAGACCUUCAAAUGAGAAAAUGGGUGGAUGGCAGGAUGAGAGAUUAUCGAAGUUGCACUUGGAGAAUCUUAUUGAUGAAGCAAUGGAUGCAAAUUGGAUAUUGCAGAAAUUGGGUAUGGAUGCAAUUGGAAAGAGAGUUGAAGUCCAAUCAUCUGAUGGUUCUUGGCAUCAAGGAACCGUUACUGACGUCAACCAAGAUACUUCAUCUUUGUCCGUCCGUUUGGAUAAUGGAAGAUCUAUCCUCUUGGAGCUUGGGAAACAAGGAAUUCGAUUUAUUUCUCAGAAACAGAAAAGGGCAAAAACAUGAAUUCAGUGAAGGAUCAUGGCGUAGUAGGUGAAUCAUAUAAAGGGGAAGUUCAUCUCACUCUGGCCUAGAAAUUUAUGAAAUUUAGAGCUUUUUGAUUUUGGCUUCCUUGAUGUGACUAUUCAUGUGGGGGCGUAUUGGUCUAUGUAUAUUUGAAUCGAAAUUCUAUGUUGAACAAGAAAAAUCAACAACUGCUGAACGAUAGAGUGCCCCUGUUGCUAAAAAUGUAUCAUUUGUAUCAUCUGUGCCAUUCGUUGCUUGAGGAGUCAUCCACUCAAUUCAUCUUUGCUUUGGGACCUUGUUGAUCAAAUUGAUUCUUGUGUUAGUCAGAAUACAGCAAAGAAUCCCUGAUGAAUUUAUUGGUUGCUCUCAA